GGCCAUCAAAUAGUGAAGGAGCUGGAAAAGUCAGCCUCUUGAAGAAAGUACCAGCACUAAAGGAUGGAGACUUCACCCUAGCAGAAUGCACGGCCAUUCUGCUGUAUCUGAGUCGAAAGUACAACACUCCCGACCACUGGUACCCGUCAGACAUACAGAAACGGGCCCAGGUAGAUGAAUACCUCUCGUGGCAUCAUGCUAACAUCCGGGCUAAUGCUCCUAAGACCAUGUGGAUCAAGGUGCUGAUUCCCCUCUUCACAGGGCAGCCGCUGCCCUCCGAGAAGCUCCAGGAGGUUAUGGAGGGGCUGUCCACUUCCCUGAAGCAGUUUGAGGAGAGGUUUCUGCAGGACAAGGCUUUUAUCAUCGGGAGCGAGAUCUCUCUGGCAGAUCUUGUGGCCAUUGUGGAGCUGAUGCAACCUGUUGGAGUUGGUUGCGACAUCUUUGAAGACAGGCCUAGGCUGAUGGAGUGGCGCAGGCGGGUGGAGGAUGCUGUGGGGAAAGAGCUUUUCUUCCAAGCCCAUGAGAUGAUCCUCAAUAUCAAAGAACUGAGCAACAUUCAAAUUGAUCCACAGCUAAAAGAGCACCUGGCACCUAUGUUGAUGAAGAUGUUGAAGUGAAUUAACCUAUCUUACCAUUUUUGCUGCCUUUUUUUUUUAAAAAAACUUCUUCUCUGACCUCCAGUUCUACAUGUAACUGGAAAGAGCACUGUAAUUCUAACACAGAAAUUGCAGAGUGGUCCCCCCCUGCCCCAGGCCUUUCCUGUAUCUUUGGGGGUGGAAGCUGGGGAAGGUUUAAGACCUGAAACAUU